UUCGCGUUUUGCUGUGGGAAUCGCGCUACGAUUUUCGCGAAAAGGCGGGAACCACCAGUCACUGGCUUUUUGUGCAACCUUCGCACGCUUCCAAAGGGGUUUUUCUCCUCGACUUACAUAUGUUGAGAGCCGCUUUUCACAACAUUGUUGAUCGACAAUAGAUCUGCGAUUAUGGAUUCUCGUGCUACGGUACUUUUGUCCCUGGCAUUGGUUCUUCUAAUGAUGAUCAUGGCAGCAGAGGGGCGCACCAAGAAAGUGGUAAUCCACGUGCCGUACAAAGUGAAGAAGAUAAAGCACACGCACACGGUGUACAAGACGGUGCACCACCACCACACGCAUCGCGAGCCUCCGGAGCCGCUGCAUCUCGGGGCUCCCUCGGAGGAGCACGAGCAUUUCCACCACAUGCAUCUCCACGAUGAAGGCAGCCCCUCCAUGCCCAUCCCGGACUUCCUGCCGGACGUGCCGCUGGACGUGCCGGACAUCCCCGACAUGGUGGAGCUGCCCGGACACCGCCACAUCCCGCUGUUCCGUCGGGUGUCGCACGCGGACGUGGCGGACUUGUAUCCGGAUGAGGAUGAUGAAGAUUACAGCGUAGAAGACGACGGACAAUCAGAAGAAAAGAAGCCAUAAACGAACGAUUAACUUCUCUAUUGUAUGCCAAAUAAAGUGCAAUUUGCUCUGAUACAGUAAGAACUUUCGUUUGUCUCCGUCUAUAAGACUCUGAAUAACAAAAGUUCAUUGCUAGAGUACUAGGUACUAACCAAUA